GUCAACGAGAGCAACACAUAACAACAGAUCAGAAGCGGCACAUAUUUCCCGUAUUUCCACCUCCCCCUCGGAGUGCCACACUCGUCUCUGAGGCCUUGUGGCACAUAACGCAGUGGCCGGUGCUUCCUGUGCAGGGGAAUUCAAAACCUAAGUUAGAUCACCGCGGGAGAGAAGGAAAUAUUGGCACGGAUCAGCUGCCAGGCGGAGACAUCAGGAGGGGGAAGGGCUAGUUGCGCACCAUUGCCUCAUACUGGACGCUUAUUCUGACACUUGUUACUACCUGUCACUCCCUUGCACCAUAUUGUUCCAUCUUGCAUCACCACGGACGCCUAAAUAGGAUUGUCUGGUCCCGUCGCCGUCAAGAGAGGAGUGUGAUGCCUGUCCUGGACCUGCCGCUAAGGUCAAGCAGUUUGGUGUAUCCCCGGAGCCUUAUGUCAGUGUGCCACCUAGGGUGUGAAAGAACAAUAUUACCACCUAUACCAUUAUUAGCUUGUAUAUGAACUAGCUUACUCAACCAAGUGAAAUCAGUUUUACACACAUCCUCCCACACAGUGGUACACACACAGUGACCGAUUAUUGCAUAGUACAAAGUAAAGUUAAUGAGCUGUAAAUAAAAGAAUUGCUUUCGUGUGUAAGAGAACAAAUCUAUUAUAUCAAAAUGGCAGAACAAGUCAGUCAAGAAGUCUCAGUACCAUUGUCACCAGAAAAGACACAAUCCAGUCCACAACACCUCCCAUGCAGUCCAUUACCAGAGCCUCCACAGGGUAACCUUGUCAUUCUCAAGAACAUGUUAGUGAGUCCAAGUGAUGAUGUCUUUGAUCAGCUGCGGUUACACCUCCAGGAGAAGAUAUGUGAUGGCAAUGGAGAGAUGUUAUUUGAUGUUGGUGUUGGAGCAGAUGACUCAGUGUAUGGCCUUCCUGAAGAUGAGUAUGCAGCCUCUGUGGCGACUCUCAGGUCCUUGGCAGACACCCUGGAAGCAGACUGUGUGUUACUGAGGGAGAAAAAAUCAAAGGCUGGAACACAGGGGCAGUUUUUGGUGCGUCGGAAAGCAGAUUCUAAUGAUUUUAUGGAAGUCAGGGUGGCUGUGGUGGGCAAUGUAGAUGCAGGCAAGUCCACGCUCUUGGGUGUUCUCACUCACGGAGAGCUGGACAAUGGCCGUGGCACUGCCCGCAUGAAGCUCUUCAGACACAAGCAUGAGAUGGAGACUGGCCGAACUUCCUCUGUUGGGAAUGAUAUCCUAGGAUUUGAUAGUCAAGGCAAAGUGGUGAACAAACCUGACCAUGGACACCUGGACUGGGUGAAGAUCUGUGAGGCAUCUAGCAAGGUCAUCACAUUCAUUGACCUGGCAGGCCAUGAGCGUUACCUCAAGACCACAGUGUUUGGCAUGACAGGACACCUUCCAGACUUCACUAUGCUCAUGGUGGGUGCCAAUGCCGGUGUGGUGGGCAUGACAAAGGAGCACCUGGGGCUGGCACUGGCCCUCAAUGUACCUGUGUUUGUCAUUGUCACCAAGAUAGAUAUGUGCCCCCCUAAUGUGCUCCAGGACACUCUGAAGCUCCUGCACAAAAUUCUCAAGAGUGCUGGGUGCAGGAAGGUGCCUCUUCUGGUUCGAAACCCAGAGGAUGUGGUUGUUUCUGCCACUAACUUUGUGUCUGAGAGGUUAUGCCCAAUUUUCCAAGUAUCCAAUGUGUCAGGAGAAAAUCUGGACCUGCUGACUAUGUUUCUGAAUUUGUUGUCAUCAAGGACACCACAAAAUGACAAUGACCCAGCACAGUUUCAGAUUGAUGACACCUACCAAGUUCCUGGUGUUGGAGUGGUGGUGUCUGGCACCUGCUUGAAAGGGGUCAUCCGAGUUAAUGACACACUGCUCCUCGGCCCCAAUGGGCUUGGGGACUUCAUCCCAAUGCCCAUCAAAUCCAUCCACCGCAAGCGUAUGCCAGUGCGGGAGGUGCGUGGUGGACAGACAGCCUCCUUUGCCCUCAAGAAGAUCAAAGUGCAUGAUGUACGCAAGGGACAGGUGCUGGUGGACCCUUCACUGAAUCCAACAUCCUGCUGGGAAUUUAAGGGGGAGAUCCUGGUACUGCAUCAUCCAACAACAAUCAGCACCAAAUAUCAGGCCAUGGUGCAUGUGGGUUCUGUGCGCCAGACUGCCUCCAUCAUUGCCAUGGACAAGGAGUGUCUCAGGACAGGAGACAAAGCCAUUGUCCACUUCAGAUUCAUCAAACACCCAGAGUACCUCAAAAGUGGUCUCAAAAUGGUAUUCCGAGAGGGUCGCACCAAGGCUGUGGGCCGAGUGUUGGAGGUGAUCCCCAAGGUGGCAUCCCUCCAGCACCAGAAAAAUCACAAAAUCAUGAAGAUGGUCAAGCAGGCUGGAGGUGGAGACGGGAGUGGCCAGCACAGCAGUCAGGGAGGAGGAGCCUUCAGCGGCACUAAGAAGCAGCGCAGUCGACGAGGAGGCAAGCACAGAUCUCGUGGGAACAAUCCAGCACCUAACAACAACCCAGAGACAUCAAGCCCCCACAAAAAAGGAGGAACAAAUUCCUCUGUGCCAGCUGCCCCAGAUCCCCCAUCAGUCCAUAAUCGGCCUGAAAACCUCUCAGCUCAGCCAGUGGUUGCAGCCCAAGUAUCAGUGUGAAGGUUCCUCAACAGUCAGACACAGCAAGCCCUCCUAUAAUUUUUUUUUCCCCAUUGUUUUAUUUGUAAUAUACUAAAGACUAAUAUGUCCAAAGGUCAUACUCCAAUUUUCAGGUUAAUGGUAUACCAUUUUCCCCAGCAUAGACCACAUAUAGAAAAGCACAGAGCAUGGACAAAGCUGCUUGUUGCUGUUGAUGCCACAUUUGAGGCUAGAAGAGGUUGAGAUGAAAUAUGCAAUGUAUCAUCCAAAUCUCUUUUCAUGAUUGUUCAUCACCUGAACAAUAUUGCUUUUUUCAACAUAUUGUUGAUUUUUUAUAUAUGUAAAAAUGACUAGAUAGCUAUUGGUUUGGGUAUCUUUUGCAACAUUUUCAUCCUAAGGUUAAGAUUAUUGGCAGUCUUAGAAUCAUGCAUUAGUAAUAAAGUAAUGACUAACAUUAUUUUAAAUAAUGACAAGCUACUCUGAAUAGCCAAGUAAAAACUGUUGUUCUUGUA